AUGGACUUCAUUUGGCAUGAGAUGCGUGAUUGUGCCUUCCUCCUAGAAGCUCCCUCAAUAUACGCCUUGUCCGCAGGAGGGCUCCGGUGUCUCAAGUGGGAUCGAGAUGGCAGUGGAGAUCUUCUUGACCAAUGUCGCCCCAACAUCACUAUCCAUAAGGAGAAGGCACCCUGUCCAAGAAUCAUGAGCCUCCAAGGUUCCAAGGGCUCCAUCCCGAGCGCGUGCGUUCGUCUCUCUCCCCUCCAUGGUAAGGGCCAAGUUGAAGAUGACGAGGACAAGGACGAGGAGAUGGAUGAUGAUGAGGAGAAGGAGCAGAAGGACGAUAACGAUGAUGAUGAGGAUGACAGUGAUUCACCUUAG